UGUCUGAGACUGAUCAUUUGAGAAGACAUUCGUAGAAAGUUCAAAAGCCUGGAUCAAAUCUUCUUCGUCUGGAGUUUCGAUUCUAGCAACGAGUAGCGAAUUACUGGAAUUCUAUGCCAGAACAUGUAAUAUCAGCAAUUUCCGUUGAUAUAUUCAAAACGAGAUUGGACCUCCACAGUGUUGCAAACUGCAAGGAUUAAUAAUGGCUAUAGACCUCUUAACUUUAUCACUGAAAACUGUAGUCACUCAAGGUUGCUGAAACGAAAUAGCGGUAGUUUCGAUUCUAAGCUGACUUGUGUCAGUUCUGACUUCUGACUCAACUUACAAGGUUCCUUUUGGCUACACAUAAAAUUGCCAGACUCUAGACGUUCAAGUGAGUUGGUUUCGGAUUAGUUCAUAUCUCGUCUCACAUAAAAUCAAAACUUAAGCGUUAGGCAGUUGCUGUUCUGUCGGCAGUCCUUUCUAGGCUGACCACAAUGAAAGUAUAACAUACAAUACUUAUGGGUUUCCUGAUAUAUUUCUGUAAUAGGCUUAUAUUUGAUCAUCAGAUUUCUACAAAGCACUUCAGUUUCGUCGAAGAGUAAUUGGCCAACGCUCCAAUCACUCAACGUCUGUAAAUAUACACGAAAAUGCCUGGUUUUGUUCACUGAUAUCGAUCCACUAACCAUAAAUGUCCCUUAUAAAAACGUUCAUAUCAAAGACGCUUUCGACGAAGACAUCGCAGAGAGACAAGCCUUAAACAACUGGCUACUUUUUGGCUAUUUUUUAGCUAUACAGGAAACAGCUUUCAUGAUUAGAUAGUUUAUGCAAAAGAGUCAUCCCAGAAUGUCAGAUUUUACAUAAUACUUGGUCUAGUAACGGAUGACUCCUAGCCAACCGAGAAGACGAUUAGAUACAAACUCGUGAUGAAUCUAGAUUGCCUAUACCCUUUAAACAGCCCAGAUGAAGUCCUCACAAUGUUCUUACCUAUUUCCACGAUUAGGUGCUCAGCUUUAGGGGUUUUAGGUGAGACUAUAAUUUACGGCCAACUUUUGAGCGACACCGAAUCGAACUUGAGAGUGUCCAUUUAAUAACUAGGACCAAAUGAGGGUUAUAAACCAGUGUGAUGUUAGUAAUUAGAUCUAGGGUUUUCAUCACAAACUAACAUCAGCUAUAAUACCAAAACUCUAUCUUGUGAAACGGAUGAGUGAAUUUCGCGCCAAAAUUUGAGACCUUUUAUCCACAAAUUAUCGUCUCGCCAAUGAUCUCACGUGUUUAGGACCAUCGUUUUUACCCUAUGGUGGCAAAAAGCUAUUUGUUGCUAAAUAGAUAUUUAAAUUUCACUUGGAGACUUAAAACUCGCUUCCUCUAUUUUGAAUUAUUCGUUCCUAAAACAUUUCUUGUCGACUUUUUAUGGUUGAGUCCGGCCACUUCAUUUUAAUCUAAGGAAAUUUCAACUGUUGGAAGCAAUAUGCUCUUACCAACAUACUGCUACAUCGUAAAUUGCCCUUAAUCAUAAAGUUUCUAUGCAAUACUUGCUAAAGAUUUUAUAUUAUGAUGUUUUCAGUACAAUCUAAAAGACUUCAACCUCUCUAUCAUUUUGCAAAUGAGUAAAAAUUACAUCGAAUAGGUAAUUCCACUCUUGAUACAUAGUGAAAACAAAUAUAUACGCGCUUGCGAAAGAUUAUAGAUAAUGCUUCAUCUACUAUUUAAAAAGCUAGUUUGUGCCUAGUCUUCCCACAAUUUUUCCAGCUACAAAAGGCCGACUUCUCUUUAGUAUCUCUUAAAAGGUAUGAGGAUGUUGAUCUUCAAAUGCUAGUUUCGUCUGGGCAAUUUCUAUUUUCUGCGUUGCAGUUUCAAAACAUGUAUACCCUAACACCAAAAAACCAAAGCAAAUUUCUCGUAGUCCACCCUUUCCUCUUGAAAUGGCUCUUACUUUCGUAUAUGGAUAGGAUUAGUAACAUUAACUCAGUUUAUUUCUUAGGUUCAUGACGGAUUUUUUGAAAGCUUACAGAUGGCUUAUUUAAAUAUAAGUAAAUAUUAAACGAGAAAGCGCCGCUAGUGUUAAGUGUUGAUUUAGCUCAAAGCAAAACAGUUUUGAUAUGAGGAAUUCAGUUAAUUUUGCCGAACUAGCGUAAAACUUAAGGGGCAAAGUAUUAAUAUGACUAUCUUUCCCUUAAUCACCCUAGCAUGAUCGGUACCAGACAGGGUCCUUUUUCCUCCUAAAAUACUUUCGUAUAGCUGUGCGUUUAUAACUGCUCUCCAAAAAAGCUCUACUCUACGAUCACCUGGUGUGAAAGUGUAUACAAAAUUGAGAUGAGCAUAGCUGCCUGCCCCUUGAACUUGGUUUCUUAAUGUAAAGUGGGAUUGACAAAUCUUGGUUCUAAAACGCCAACUCAAGCAAGUUUCAAGAUUUAAAAAAUGUCUGACGUGGGAACCAAACAUAGUUAUCGGCGGCGUUCGACCCCGGUAAUUGUGAAGUUCUGUUGCAGUAUCUGUCAUUAAAAGGCGUAUCAAAGAAGUACGUGAAUGUUGUACAGGCUCCCCACUCGAAUACGACUGAUCGAGUCAGAGCUUAUAGCGAACUGUCGCCGGAAUAGGGUAAUUCAAGUGGUUUCUUCAGGGUUGUUCGCUUUCCCAUUUGUAUUUAACUGUCAUAAAUAUGCUUUUAGCGAUAACACUGCACCUAAAUGUGGAUUAACAGGCAUCUGUCCCUGCACUUACUCUUGCGAUUGGGCCGUUAGAAGUAGUCGAAAAGUUCUUUUAUCUAGUUAAACGUGCAUGUGUUGGUUGUUAAUGUCGACCAGUGAGUGCGAACCAACCAAUAAUAUUUAUGUUAAACAUCCACCUUCUUAGACUCAAUCUUCGACUGGUUAUGUUUAUUUAACUACCAGUCACGAAAUUACAUCAACUCUUUGCAUAAACUUGGUUAGCCUUCUUUUUGAUUCACUUUAUUAUGCUUCUGCUACUAUUCGGUGUGUGUUUAUUGUCCUUUUUGUAAUUGACCCUACUAUUCUGUUUUUGCGCUAAUUGUAAUAAUUUACGUUUUAGAAACAGCUUAUAAUUGUUGUUUAUAAAUAGUUACUUGUAUUUAACAUUAGCGUUGCUGGGGCUGUGCGCGACGGUAUAGGAACUUAUAAAAUUCAUUCGUGGGUAUAUUGAAUCCUGAACUGGUUAUCAAUUUGCGUUUAGUGAAAACCAAAGCGCUAUGUGCCAAUCUGCGCCUUCUAUGGUGCUGUCGUAAUACUUGUCUGACUGUAAAAGGUAGGGUGAAAGCAGCCAUGCUGUAUGUUGGUAAAUCAUGUCCCCUCCGAGUUUACGAUAUUAGGUGUGUUAAGUCAUCAUUGUCUCUAAAGGAUCGUUAAAAUUCAGUGGCAACGCCAUAUUAGUAGUGCGGAAAUCCGGCAAUGUUUUUUUCGGAACAAUGGUCAUAAUACGGUUGACGUCACUAUUUUGGAACGCUGACUCCAGUGACUUCCACAUCGUGCCUUAUUUCCCUAGGCUGGGGCUUGUAGAAAGAGGUGGUCAGUUUAAGACAUGGUACCGGGGUCCAAAAGAAAGCUGUACAAGACUGAUAUCCGUCGGUUCAUCACAACUACCUGGUUGGGGUCCAAGCAACUUGGUAGGUUGGGACAUUAUCAAACAUGGAUCAGAUCAAAGCACUAUGGCUAUACUGCUAUAAUUUUCCACUACAUGUUUUCUUAGGGGGCCACACCCCAAGCUUUUGACCUAAAGGUCUAACCCACAGGGCGGUGGAGCAUCGUAAGGAGAUGCAGUUCCAUUGUAGCCGGUGACCUAAAAUUGGUUCAUACACCAUUUGUUCCCUCAGGAUACUGGGGUCCAUGUGCACCAUUGGUUUGGAAUCCUGUUAAAGCGCCGGACAUCCGCUUUUCGUCCUCUCAAUUUCGUGAACAACACCCCGCCACGAGAAGGUAGUGAGUAGGACUUCCCUUGCAGAGGCUGUAUACGCGUGGCCAUGUGAAGGCAUUUCGAGAAGGAGGGCGGGCCCACCCCACUCUCGGCCAUAUCAGGGCAUUAUUUUUCCUAUUGUUGAUGUGUUAGCCCUAAUUCACAAUUAAUGGACAUUUUGGGUGACUUUUUAAACAGUUUUAUGAAUAACAUUAGCUUGCCUUUAUUUAGAAGUUGAUUUUAAGUAUUCAUUACAAAACCAAUUCUUAUUAUUGUAGAUACUUUUGAACUAUGAGUGCACAACUAUUAGAAACUUCUUCAAAAUCACGAAAACCUAGAAAUUCUGCUUUUUUUCAACAAAAACUCCCGGCAUGGCAACCAAUGUUUACUGCUAAAAAAUCUGGAAUAGCUUUCACAGUUUUUGGAAUUGUACUGAUACCUAUUGGUAUUAUAUUACUAACGGCGUCAAAUAAUGUUGUAGAAUAUCUUGUGGACUAUACAGAUUGUACUCAGAAUGGUACUGAAGAGUUAUGCUCUCAAGUAAUUGCCUUGGGGAAACCGUGUGUUUGUGUUAAACAUAUUUCUGUUGAAUCGUCUAUUCCUGGACCUGUUUAUUUAUAUUAUGGUUUAAACAACUUUUAUCAAAAUCAUCGACGAUAUGCACGAUCUAAAAAUGAUGAACAGUUGCUUGGUAUUUAUCAAGACCCAAGUUCAUUAUCUUCGUGUAACCCAUAUGUAUCAAUUGAGGGUAAACCAAUACUUCCAUGUGGUGCAAUCGCAAACAGUAUAUUUAAUGACACAUUUAUUCUGACAUAUAUACGGAAUGAUAAUACCAAAGUUACUGUCACAACCACAUCAAACGGUAUAGCAUGGCCUUCCGAUGUCAACCGCAAAUUCGGGACCUUGAAUGCAAACGCUCUCAAUAAUACAGUCAAGCCACCUAAUUGGCCUCAACCAAUUCAAGCGAGAUCUUCAAGUCCAUUUAAGACUGAUGAAGCUCUAUUAGUAUGGAUGAGAAUAGCUGCCUUGCCAAACUUUCGUAAAUUAAGCGCUUUUGUAGUUCAUAAAGAUGAUUUCUCAAAUGGUCUACCCUCAGGAACGUAUGAAAUUGUUAUUAACUACUUUUAUCCAGUUACUUCAUUUGGUGGUAGAAAAACAUUUAUAUUAGCCAAUACUAGUUGGUUAGGUGGAAAAAAUCCAACACUUGGAAUUAUUUGUUUAAUUACUGGUUCUAUACAUAUAUGCCUUGGUAUAGCAUUCCUUAUUGUGCAUUUUGUAUAUGGUAAACGAAAAGCUCGUCAAAGUCCACCAGUCUUUUCAUGAUCUCACUUAUCAUUAUGACAUUAUAUAACAAUAUAUUCUAUAGAAGGUAUAAAACAAAGGGGUAAACUAUAUUAUUCAUUAUUAUUAUUAUUAUUAUUAUUAUUAUUAUUAUUAUUAUUAUUAUUUUGAAUGUUUAUUGUGAAUAAAUGAGUCCUAAUUGCUUGUUCUUUUAAUCUUUAGGCUGUUGUUGUUUAUUAUUAAAGAAAAACAAAACAAUAACACAUAUCAUUUGUAAUGUUUAUUAUUAUUAUUUAUUAUAUAUUAUAUAUUUUUUUAAAUUUUUUUUUCUUUUUGGACAAGACAGAAGACCCCCCACCCCCUCCUAUUUUCAGUUGUUUCUAACUGGAAGUUUCUCUUUAUUUUUUUCUCUUUUUUUUGUUAUCUUAUUUUUAUCUGUAAAAUUAUCUAAUGGAUGUGUACACAAUACUGUACUGUGAAUAAUAAUAAAUAAUCAAUGAUUAUAAUAAAACGAGAAAAAAUGAACAACACAUACAUACACAAUUGAAAUUCAAUUGCUUUAUUAUAUUGUUUGUAUCUAUGUUAGAAUGCCAUAUAGCUUAUACAACAUAUAUGUAGGGUAGUAAACAAAAUAGCCCAAUCGGGUUUGAAAUUUAGGCCCCCAAAUUCCUUGGCAUGGUCGAGAGCGGGAUGGCUUCGCUAUCCCUCUCGAAAUACUCUCAAACAGCCACGCGUAUAUAGCCUCUGCCAGGGAAGUCCUUCUCGUAGCAGGGGUGUUGUUUACGAAAAUGAGAGGACGAAAAGCGAAUGUCCGGCGCUUUAACCGGAUCCCAAAACAAUAGUGCACAUGGGCUCCAGUAUCCUACGGGAACAAAUGGCGUAUGAACCAAUUGUUGGUCACCAGCUUCCAUGGGACUGCAUCUCCCUACGAUGUUCCACUGCCUUGUGGAUCAGACCUUCAGGUCAAAGGCUCGGGGUAUGGCCCCCUAAGAAAACCACCUGCUUCGGUUUGGGCACCUGGGUAGUAUCACAACUCUCACACAUAUCGAAUGAGAUUUGUGUGGUGCAUAUGUAUUUGGUGCCUUCUUGUACCAAUGUCAAUGUGUUAAAAUAAAUAAAUAAAAAUAAGUAUUAUUCAGGUUUAUGAGUUCUUUUAAUUGAUCAGUUAAUUAACUUUCAUUGGUAUGUUGUAUAGAACAUAAAGUGUAACUAUCUUUGUUGAUGACGUUCCAAGUGGAAGAUCGUUGGUUCAGACGGCGAGACCAAUCAGAGAACGGUUAGUGUAGAGUAAAAAUAUAUUAUACAAAAUCAAAGAAUUAAAGUGAAUACACUUGUUAUAAAUGGUUCCAAAACUUGUUAAGGUUAGAAAAAGGUUUAGAGGUCUUGAAAUCGUAAUAGAUACGAUAGUAGAAAUCAUCUAUAUGGCUUCAUAAUAGUCGGUCUUUGGAGCUAUGAUAAAGUCGCAAAAACUUAUUCAGCCAAAUAGCUUCAGUAUUGUUUGUGUGCACUCCGGUGGUUGGGCCCAGAAGAUACCACUUGUGGAUAAGGACAAAAUAUACAUAAACAAGUCAAUGUAGCCAUCAGUACGCUCUUUAAUCAUCCGUAUAUAUUGUGGUACAUGGUAGCAGCCAGUGUUACUGUUGCUUUUAUUAUUCAGUUCGCAACAUGUCAUAAUUUGCCUUAGUCUCAAUCUGGAUCGAGCGAAAAAAUCCUAUUCUAGCGGACUUCUUCCUCCAACACCUUAAAUCGAAAAACAACCUCAUCACGGUAGUCUGCACAAAGUCCACAAGUUAUUUGAUUACCACAAUCACAAAUAAAGGAACUUUUUAGUAGUCCUACUUGUUUGUGGCCUACGAUCCAGCUCGCUAGAUUCGAACUCGUGAUCUUCGGUCUCGCACUCGAAUUUUUAAACUCUACAGCACUGAGCAUCUAUCGUGAUUGUCUUUUCCAUUAAUAGAAUUAACCUCCAACUUUAUGGUGCUUAAGAAAGCCAAAUAUUGCUCAAUAGCGUCCACUUAUCAUUUAGGAUAGCUCUGACUAGCCCAGUAUAGUAGUGAUGAUUUGCUUAGGAGUUUUUUAAUUAUAGUGAUAAUGAAGGAGUUGUAUCAAUUAUUCAGUCUAAAAUUAUACACUGGGUGGAUUCAUAAUAAAGUGUUCUAUCCGAAUAAAGAUUAAAUAAUGAGAAACUUCUGAAAACUAUUCUUACUGUAUAAUUGUAUUGUGCCCCCAAAUGUCCUGGUACGGCCGAGAGUGGAGAGAGUCCGCUCUUCCUCUCGAAAUGCUCUCACAUGGCCACGCGUAUAUAGCCUCUGCGAGGCAAGUCCUACUCACUCCAUUCUCGCGGCAGUACUGUUGUUUACGAAAUUGAGAGGACGAAAAGCGAAUGUCCGGCGCUUAAACCGGGUUGGUGGACUUGGACAGUCCAUAUUUUUCUGUUAUACAAUUUACUAUUCUGAAUCUAUUAGUUUCAGUUUCUCACAAUCACAGCCACUUUUUUGUCUUGAUCUUGGCACAACUGUUAUUUUCUAUUUUAUGGUGUGAUAUGGUCUGAUGUUGCUUGUAUAUAAACCAAGUAUGUUUGAUUUAUAUGAUUCAAUAUGAAUGGAUGUGGACAUUUACAUUUUAGAGUGAAUCGGCGGUUGGGUUAGACGAGGCUUCACGUAUUGGUUUAUGCAUCAUUGGUGUGAUGAAUAAGUCGGUGACUUUAAUUGAUGAUCGUAUAUUAACAGGGUACAAAGGGUCACAAAUUAUAAUAAAAGGUUACAUAGAACUCAUCAGAAUAUGCUGAAUUGAUCUAAUUAUGAAUAUCACUUACAAAUGACUAACGAUACAAUCGAUGAAUUUUUUAUAGACAUAAAUAAUGAAUAGACGAUGGAGACAAAUGUAGAACAUACAGCUAUUUAUUUAUUUGAACACAAAUAUUGGUACAAAGGGGCACUGAAUACAUAUGCGCUACACAAGUCACUUGAUUUUUGUGUGAACUGUGAUACUGCCCGUGUGCCCAAGGGCAUCACCCCGAACCUUCUAUCCAAAGGUCUGAUCAACAAGGCUGUGGAACAAUGUCAGGACCUGCAGUCCCAUAGUAGCCGGUGACCAACAAUAAGUUCAUAUGCCAUUUGUUUUCUUAAGAUCCUGGAGCCAAUAUGAACCGUUGUUUUGGAAUGAGGCUUUUCCAAAUCCAUCAUGUAGACUCCGUGUCCACCAAUCCGGUUAAAGUACCAUAUUCUCAAUUUCAUAAAUGACAGUAAUUUCGCGAGAAGGCAGUGAGUAGGACUUCCCUGGCAAUAGUUGUACACAUGUGGCCACGUGAGAACAUUUCGAGAGGAAAAGCUGAUUCUCCCCAGAGGAGGCAAGAACGAGAUAUGCACCACAUAAUUCCGUUGUUUUGUGUGAGGGUUGUGAUACUGCCCGGGUGCCCAAACCGAAGCAGGUGAUUUUCUUAAGGUGACACACCUGAAGCCUUCGACCUAAAGGUCUAAUCAACAUAGCAGUGGAGCAUCGUAAGGAGAUGCAGUCCCAUGGUAACCAGUGACCAACGGUUGGUUCAUACGCCAUUUGUUCCAUCAGGACCAUGGAGCCCAUUAUUGGUUUGUAAUCAUGGUCUUCCAACUCCUCUAGAUGGACUCUCCAUAUCCAAUCCUCUUAAUUUCGUAAACAACAUCCUCGCGAUGAGUAGGCAAUGAGUAGAAUUUCCCUGGCAGUGACUGUAUACGCGUGUCUAUAUGAGAGGGACAGUAGACUCACCUCACUCUCAGCCGUACCAGGGCAUUUGGUGGCCUGCAAAAUUCAAUAAUGAUUUACAUUUUAUAUGUAUUUAAACAAUGUUUAAUUUGUGUUGAAUAAUCAACAUGUCAUUUUCGUCUCAUUAAAAUACUUUUAUUUUACUAAUUGUUAUUUUGUCUCCUGAUGUUGUGAUCUUGUGUCAAUUGUUCAAAUAUGUAACUAUCAAUAAGUCGACUGAUCAUUAUUACAUAAUAAUUUGUCUGUUAUAACGAUUAUAUCGAAGAUUUUAAUAUCUUUUCUCGAUUGAAUUUUCGUUUACAUUUUUUCACAUGUGAUUGACAUAGAUAUGAAGACAACUUGUAUACUUUCCUAGGUAACUAACGAAGGCAAAGAAGGUUAAUACCUUGUCCAUUUCCUGAACUAUAAAUCUUUUCUACCGUCUUAAUAUUGAUUGAUCUUUUUUAGUAAGUUUGUCGAUAAGGUUCAUGACUAAGUUCAUAACACUGAUUAAAUUAAAACAAUCUACAAACUGACUAUUUGAUUGAUAAUGUCAUGUGUGAUACUGAUGUCAACCGAUAUAAGUAGUAUGUAUCACCAAUCGAAAGUGUCUGGCGACAAAAGGUUAAGAAAAGAGAAUGAUUGAUAUAGUAGUAAUACAAUGAUUUCAUUUCACUUGAGAUAAUGUCUGAUUUAAAGUGGUAUUUCGUUUUCCAUGUAUUCCUUAUGAUCAACAUGGGUGUUUGUGCAGAUUGUAGUAAUUUUAAUAGUUGAAUUCAUCAGUCAAUGUAAGUUAGACCACCAUUGAAAACUAAGAAGCACUGGACGGGGUAUAUGUAUUUAGUGUCUCCUUGUACCAUUGUUUAUGUGUUAAAAUAGAUAAAUCUUUCAAAAUCUAAGGGAAAACAAAGAGUGAAUGUACCUGUGUCGUUAAAACCGGAUAAUAGGUCAUGUCACCGAACAUCAAUCAUUAAACACUGUAAUCGUGCGGACCCUAACUUGAUAAUCUUCAUCUACUAACAUAACGUAGUUUAACAAUUAAUGUCCUCAUUAAUUGGGGCUCCCAGCUUUCUCACUAACUUAUCAACGUAUACUGUGACAGAUAAGUAGUCUUUAAACAAGAGACUUCAAUAUCAUCUUACUUAGCUUAGUGAAAUCACACUUUUCGUAUAUUCUCUUCAGUUUGACAUCACAACUUUAGAUCGAUUGAUCAUUAGUUCGUGAUCAAAGCCAGAUUCAUACGUAAAAUGUGAGAUCUGAAUAAGAUAUUCUUCUCAAGUAAGUUCGUUAAACUAGAAUGAUAAGCAAAAUUCUUGCUAGUUUACUAUAAAAGUACCAUUUCAAUAGAUUGAUCACAGACAAAAGGUAUUGGAGGAUCGACAUCUCAAGCGAUAAUGCAACAGUCAAGGGUAUACGUUCUUUCACGUCUAAUGACUUAUGAAUACACAUAAACUGUAAUCAUUAUCCUAAUUGGUCAUUGGAGACAUGAAUUAAUGAUGAAAGUGAAAUUUUUCGAAUAUAAAUCUACCUAUCCUGAUCAGCGAUUAUCAAUUUUGAUAUGGAGAGCAAUGAAUAAAUUAAUCUCUAUAAAACCCUUCUUCUCAUAAUAAUUAUCAUCUACUCACUAGUGACUGACUUUAAGAUGUAUUUCCUGGAGUUCUAGUAAGAAGUAGUGACCAGUGGAGUUCAACCAGAUUUGUUGCGAGAUGGUAACUCACUGAUAACAAUAGUAGGCGGUAGCGCAAUUUCGUGGAUUGAUUGAAGUUAAACAUUAACACCAUUGGAUGCCGGCCAACUCAGUUUUCUAGAGAUUAAGUGUUCGCGCGCUAGACUGAUAGGUCCUGGGUUCGAAUCUCACCGAGCGGUUUGAUUAUUCUAGGAAUUAUCGGUUUCCGUAGAGUUAUGAAAAGUCGGCACAGAUUUAAAAAGCUCGUUUAGCUUUUGCCAACUUACGUCAUCUAUGACAAAGGCGAGAUAUCUGUAUAUCAAAUAAAGGACGAGUACACUGAGCGGCAGUUCGUUCUGUCUUACUUUGAUAAUGGUAGUAAAACAUAAUAUUAAUUGUUUGAAACGAAAUGAUAAUCCGACUGCUACUAGGUAGGUUUCCGUUAUGUCCCGAGAAACAUAAUGAAUGGUAACUUUUUGGGAUACAUUUAUGGUCCAAUACUAAACGUAUAUUUUUAUCGUAUAAUUGUUAAAUGACUAAACUAUUCAUAUUCAUACUCCUCAUAUUCUAAUCUUUACUUUGACCUAUGAACCAUUAUUAUACGUUUUACCAUUCUUGAAUUAUGCCCUGUCUAUUAGUCACUACCUCCCUCAUUCACAGUAACAUUUGGCCAAAUCUUGUUUCAUAUUUUAUGGUACGAUGUGGUCUGUCUGAAUGGUAUAUAAACCCAGUAUGUUUGAAAUAAAGGAUUCAUAUCUCAGAGGCUGAGAUUGGUGUUCCGGACUUAACUGGCUGGGCUAAGCGGAAAGCAGGACCGAUAAAGACUCUAGACUGCUCGUACGGGUUUUAUGCGUCAUUGGUCUGAUCGAUAAUUCACUGUUCUCCAAUUGACGGUAUCAUUACGUUAUACAUUAACAGGACACUCAGGCCACAAGUUAUAACAAUUUCGUAAUCCAAUCAGUUCCAUACAUUAAUCUUCGUAUAUCAAGAAGUCGGUACAGUAACUUAGAAAAUUGUUGAGGACGUUAGAUCCCCAGAACUCACUUGGAGAAGGUUCUGAUUUUGUAAUUUUAUUCUGAAGAUUUGAAUUUUACUUUUUGGUGCCAAGAGACGCUUAGUUAACCUACAGCUUACAUUUCCCAUUCGGAAAUUCUUGACUGUCAUUGGUUGACGGAUUUGUUUAGAACGUUAUUUUGUGGCUCUCCCAAGGGCGUUUCCAUCAUUUUAUAAAUAUGCUUGAUUUGUGUGCUUAGUGACCUCAUAUUUUCUGGGUGCUUUUAGAAUACAAUCCCUACGCCUUAUCGAGACUUCUUGAUCUAGUUAGCAGGGUCGUGAACAACGGAUUAGAAUAGCCUAUUGUGUCACUGUAUCUUUGACCUUUGUUCCGUUUACCGAGUAAGGUGAACUCGUAAUAGCAUUCAAGCAUAUCAAAGAAUAAGUUACUAAGGUUAUGGAUGAGACUAUAAUUCAUGGAGGACCUUUGAGCGACGCUAUACUGACCUUGAGAGUGUCCACUUAACAACCAGGGCCAAAUGAGCGUUAUGAACCUGUGUAAGGAAUUAAAAUUAUGAUUUACAGUUGGUGGUUAGAGGUAGGAACUACAUUUGGGGUUUUCAUCACGAACUGACAUCCGCUAUAAUGCCAUAAAUCCGUUUAGGCAAAUAGAUGAGUGAAUUUCGCGCUAAAAUCCGAGAUCUGUUAUCUUACACCUGAUUGGUCCGUCCAUAAGUUAUAGUCUCGCCAGAUUAUGUUAGGGAGAUCCAGAAAAGCUCCUUGAAAAGAAGGGCUCUGCAAACACUGAGAAGCAUCUCAUCUCAUCAGCAUUCAGUAGAAGUUUUGCCAGAAACAUCUAGAAAGUGAAAUGUCACAUGUUGAGUUUCUGAUUGGAUGAUUACUUAUACAGCUACUGUGAUUAAUAGCGUUCCGUAAUCUUCUGGAAGCACAAGGCUAUCUAAAAUGCUAUAAAUAUCGUAGAUUUUUUGUACAUAAACAAACCUGUGGAUCAAAGCGUUUCUCACAUGUUUCGCAUAUUUUCUGUCGUAUUCAAGUCUCUGUGUAGACUUAACCUGAGGGUUAAUAGAAGAGCUUAGCAACCGAAUCUAGUGUUCAAUUAACAAUACAUGGGUAUCGCAUGUUAAGAAAGCUUUUAAAGAUCACCAAAACAAACAAAUAGUUACGUGUGAAUGACAGCUUCAACGUCGAAUAAACAAUUCCAAGUUAAAUUACCUAACUUAGAAAGCUCAUCAAAUAAAGUCAUUAUAAAUACAACUGAUAGACCUACCCAUCUUAUAAAAUAACACGUUUGAAAGGGUUUAAGAAAAAUAUACACUAAUUUGAUGUAAUAAUACAACUGAAGUCCGAAUCUACGUAGGACAAUGGAUCUAGAAAUUGACGAAUUGUGAAGUGAUCAACGAAUUGGAUGAUGCUGUGGUGACCUACUUUUACCGAGAGAACACGACUGGUUUAAUGGAAACAAUUGUUAUUAUGACCAAUUGUACCAGUGAUUGUCUUAUUGUAUUUGUUUGUUUAACUGUACUAAAGACAUACCUUCUUCCGUUGCUUGUGACCUUGCACGCACUUACGUUUGCUCAGUGAUUCCGCUUAUAGUCCUUUGGCACGAUCUCGGUAUUCUUUCAAUACCACGAGAUUGCCAACAAAUAUAUCUCGAUACAACCUUCAAUCGCCUUCUGAUAUCUGGUACGCAACCUUCUUGUAGUGGUGAUCAUAGUCGACCGCGACUCGACGCCACACUACAAUGCUACACACACACACACAUAGUCAAGCAUAGAUUGAAAUUAUGAACAUUGAUAGUUAAUUGAAUAGAUGUGACUUUAGUAACUUUCAUAGAAUUAAAUCAUCACUGGUCAAUAACGUAUGACUCUAUUCAGUGUAUAUAAAUCCAGGUUGUCACAUUUUACAUGGGCAGUGUUCAAAAUAACAAGGUAUAAUGAAGAAAUAAUACCAUUGAUAGUGAAAAACCAAACGUGGGGAAUGUAGUUCGAAGGUUAUGUGAAUGAACGUAGAGAAUGAAAAAUAUAAAAUAAACAAUUUUAAAUUUAAGAUUUCUGUGAAAAAAUAAGGAAUGGAUGCAUUUCUGACAUUGCUUGAUUUCUCAACAGGUGAGAGUCAAUCAUAGACGGUCAAUACUUCGAAGAAUGUUGAGCAGUAUAAUUUGCAUUUGAUAGACAAACAGAUAGUUAGUUACUGCAAUCGUGAUAUACAUUUGCAGAAGCUAAACAGAUUUUUUGUACUUGAGAUGAAAUGUUUAAUCAUCAAUGUUUAGAAAUCAUCAAAACAACCUGGAUGAAUGAUCUUCUCGACUACUCCACUUCGUAUGAACAGACAAAUUAUUAGCACACGACAAUUUUGAAGUGGCAUUUCGCAAUUUAAGAAAGUAAAAGAUGUUUACAAUAUGCUUUUCCUGUCACUCAAGUUGCCCACAGAACAUAUCGGACAGUAGGAAGUUUGCUUAUCAGUACACUGAAAUCGCAACAAGCUAACAUUUCAGUUUAUGCAUGUUAAGCAGUUAUACUUAAACAAAGAAUACGUGGAAUCACAAAGUACUUUCAUUUAAUAUUUUACAGAUGUUCAAUAAUCAAUCACUCAGACUCCAUUAACAUGGCUUACAUUUCAUAAUCUAGAUACUUAUGACUGUCGACAUCUAAGAAUUCAUUGAAUUCUACUAUCGUAAUCAAUCAACACCGUGAUAUCUAAACACGUAACAACAACACCUAACUACUACAAUCCCAUAACACUAACAAUCAACUGUAUCCACAGUAUGUCUACAUGAUGUUCGUGUGACAAACAAUCACGUUGAAUAAAUGUAUCAUAAAAGAACAGGAUAAAUCGCUGACUUUUACGCUUUUCUUUUAAUUAGUAGAAAGAAUCAUCCUGCUGGAAUCCCUUAUUAUACAACUAGCAUUCUCAAUCACAAAGAAUAACUAGUUUUAUUUAAUUACAAU